UCCCCCCCCCCCCUGCGUGCGAUUCUAGGCGGCCAAGAAACCAGAGAGGCGACGGAUCCGUGCUAGAUACGGACUUCGAUCAAUCUGCCGUGGAUUUCGAAGGCGACGGACCUCCUGCCCUCUUUCUCUGUCGCCGGCGGCGCAGGAGCGGUGCGGGUGUCGACAUAUCCCUGGAAGCUCCUUUCAGCUGUGGCGGAUGCCUCCCCAUAUUUUGUGCUUCCAUCGUAUACCCUAGCCUUAAUCUUUGCUCAUCAGUGCCCAGACUUCACCGUGGUUACCGCUGGUCUCCGUUGCAGAGAGACAUAGGUGUUUCUGCACCAUAUUUGCAUCCAAGGCCGCAGUUCUCCGUUGAGAUCUCUUCUUUGUUCAUGACUGCAUUUUCCUCACGAGAUUUUUGUUAAGAUCCGAUGGUGGGGCAAAAACCACACAUGAAGUAAUUUUUUAAUUUAUAUGGGGCAGCAGAAGCUACAGAUUUUUACAGGGGGAAGGGGUACAAGCGAACAAAACAGAGUCCUACACAGUACACUGAACCAGCCCAAGCUCUUCACAUCGCUCGCACAGAAACAAGCCAAGCAUCUAUGGCCUGACGCCAAAAGCGUCGCGGUAGGCAGUGCAGCCACGACUCGCGGUGGUCGAGGACAAGUGCGACGGUCUGGCGAGGAGACAGCUCGAUCGCGUCAAAUACCAUUGUGUUCCUGAUCCAGAGCAAUAGCAACACGAGUGUGUGUCUGACGAGGCGCGCGUGGGAGGCGCACACGUUCUGGAGAUCGGCAACCGAUGCAAGGUCAGCACACCAAGGGUCACAAACAUGGGUGUGAGCCCGGGACACCUGAAGAAAAGGUGCAGCAAGUCUUCGUCGUCGCUGCAAAACUGGCAGCAGGGGGAGGGUAGGAACCCAUGACAGUGGAGCAGAGCAUGCGUCGUUUUGCUGUGUCUCGCGAUGCAGAAGAAGACGCGAAGUUUCGCCAGUUCUUGUCCACGAGUGGGAGGGCGUGACACGGUACAUGGUGGCUGUCGAGAAGGCCUCACCUCCAGGGAGAACGUGGGUGUCGCGCACAGAGGUGAGCGAGGCGUGGUGCAGGAAACGUUCAAGGGCGCCGAGCUGCCUCACGCAUGCCAUCGGCAAUUCUUUUCAAGUUGGCACGCUGCAUAUGUGCAUCUCCAAGAUCAAGGCACCAAGGCGUUUUGGAGCUUCUCAUGUUGAUGACGAGAGGAGGAUCUCUUCCACCUGAGUCCUCUUCAAGACCCGACGCAAACCUGUAAGUGCCCUGGUAAAUCACUGUUUUUUUUUGGGCGAGAUCUAUCAUUAUUCAUUUAUUCAUGAGAGUUCAACAAGGAAAAAAAGCAAAGUAGGAUUUAUUUCACAAAUACAGCAUAUGAUCCUGCUCAACUCUCUGUGAAAGUUUAUGCACACACACAUGAUUAGUUAUCAUACAUCAGGAUACUCCCCGACCCAGGCUUCCCAUUUGGUUUUAGGACGGCAAGGCUAGGAUACAUAUUUGUCACUCUGUUCUAUUUCUUGAGGUUUUAGAUAUUUUUUAUGUACCAUUAUUAUUAAUAGACUUGCAUAUACCUAAAUGUUUUUCAGAAGUGUUCUGUUGUUUUCAGUAGCUUCUUGCUUUCCCAUUUGAUGCGAACUAUGGUCCGAAGGAAAGAACUUGGAUGGCCAUCCAGAUGAAGAGAUUCUUCAGUUAUCACUAUACAAAUUUCAUCACUUGGCAUGGGAAAACAGGCUACUCCCUCCGAUCCAUAUUCAUCUGAUUCAGUCCCACAACUAUACAUAAUACAUCCAGAGGUUAUCAUAUUAGCGUGCAGCCGUGUACCUGCCUCUUGACUGCCUAACAUCCUGGCCCUCAUUGCAUCCCUUCAACCCGUCACAAGGGCAGGUGAGCCCCUCUGUUGUUGGCCUUUCCUACUAUUCUUCGCUUAGAUGAUGCACAUUUCUAUCCGCAUUUGACUGUCAUGUUGUACUCUUGAGUCUGGAUUGAUAAAAAAGUUUACUGAUUUUACAUCUAACGAAGCUAGGUUAUGGCUUGAUGAUUAUUAAAUUUAAGUGUUGAAAUUUAAGCAGCUAGCUUUCGUCCCUGCUGUUUUUGUUAUUAAUUUUGGAUUUUUUUACUUACCUUUUUUUUCACUGUCCAAUAAUAUAUCCACCUGCCUCUGAUAAAUAGUAUAUUUGUAAUCAACUGUAACAAGUAGUAGCAGAUGACUUUGUCAGUUGUCACUAGCUUUAUAAUCAAGUACCAGGUAUCUUAUUGGGACUAAUAAGUUGGUGAAAAGUGUUAACAGUCAGUUACAGAAAAUACAUCCAGCUGCAUUUUCUUAUGUUUCCGUUUCAGUUCUACUUAUUAGAGUCUUACCACAAGCGUUGGACUAUAUUGGCAAGGCUAUCUAUUUAUCUAAACUUGUUCUUCCAUGCAUAUUAUCUAUUUUGCCUCAAAUUUAGACAAUUCACGUAGUGUAUAUGGUUGUUAUUCUUUUCCUUUUGUGUGCCAGAAUCAUUCGUGUCUAUAGACUUUUGAUAUUGCUGUAGAAGAACUGACAGCAACUGUAAUACUUGGUGAAGGUAAGCCGGCCAUUUACGUUUUCUGUGGAUGCUGUAAUGAUAUUCAUGUCUGCCUUUCCUCGAACCUGUAGUGUGUGUGUAUUCGAUAAUGAAUAGAGAAAAGCAUGCAUUUCCCCCUUUGUAAUGCUAUUUCUUUGCAGAUUUGCAAGGAUCAUAUAAUUUCACGUAAUUUGACAUCUGCUACUAUGGCACUGCCCCUUUUUUUCGAUCUGUACACGGUGUUAAUAGUCAUGCUUUGAGAAGAGCUUGGAACCGUGUCGUGCAAAGUAAAAAAACAAAUCCUUGGAUAAACAUGGUAGACAAAUGUUACUUUGAUGGUAGUUGUCAUUCUUCAUUUGGAAUCCAUUAUCCUAUUGACCUACAUUGUACAAACAUAUCUUUUCGAAGUUCAUUGAAUGUUUUUUUUUUUGUCUAAGUGAUCUCAAAUAUUUAUAUAUAUACUUUCCACAUGAUUGACGGGCGCAGCAACGCGCGCCUCCAUGAUCUAGUAAUAAAUAUAACAUGACUAUUAUACUACUACAUGAUACUAUCACACACAAUAUCAUACGAAUGAUACACACCAUGACCAGCCUAAGUAAAAAACCGAAUGGGAAGUUUAUUGUGGGAUUUCCCAAAAAUAAAAUUUCUCACCGGUAGCCUGCCUCCACGUCACUGACACGCGGGCCCAGAAAUCCGAUGUCACCGACAGCCUUGUCUCAUUCCGUCCCCUCCCCGCAGGGGCCUUCCUAUCUUCGUGUCCCACCGCGAAUUUCUCCUCCUCUUAUAUUUCCAAAAAAAAAAGCAGUUUCUUCCAUCUUCGUCUUCCUCCUGCCGCCGACGGGAUCCAGGGAGGCAGGGGUUCUGCCGGCCGGCGCGAACUCAAUAAAGAAAUCCGCCCUCACGUCGCUCGCUCCCUCGGGGCCUGAGCUGCUUACCGCUCCUCCAUUAGAAAAACUAGGGAAAAAGCUCCAUUGCCGAAAAGCCGCAGGCGUUAGGUGGUGCGUGGUGGUGGUGGUGCGCGCUAGUCAAAGACGAGGGGAGGCGGGUCGGGGAACAAUCCACAUCCAUCCACCCACCAACCUGCUCCCUCAUCCUCUUCUUCCCUCCCCCCUCACAUAUCCCUAGUCCCCUCCCCCAUUCUCGCCGCGCCGCAGCACGCCAACCAGAGGGGGAGUUCUUGCUUGAUCCCCGGUCGAUUCCCGUGGUCGAUACUUUUCGGGAGAGAUGUGCCCGCUGAGGGUGAUUCUCAUCUUCCUCUCCGCCACCAUCGCCGGCUUCUUCCUCCUCCGGAACCUCAACGCCGAACCGGACCUGUUCCAGGACGACGACGCCACGGCCGCCGCGGGGGACGACGGCGAGGAGUCGCCCAGGGACGCAGCGCCCCUCCAUUACAAGGUCGCAUCCGCUGCGAAGACAGGAUUCUGGACGAUGGUGGACAUGGCAAGUGGGCGGUACCUUUGGAGGACCCUUGUCGCAUCACCGGCGAAAUCUGAAUCAGAGAAGGCCCGGUGACGAAACAACAUCAUCUAUUUCAAAUUCGUGUAAUUGGAGUGCCCAGAAUGGGGUAAAUUUGCAUGAUAUAUGUUGUAGUUACAUCUUGCAUGUAAUGAGGCGGCAGUUGUAAACACGGGGGAUAUAUGUUGAAGUAGAUGUGCAAAAUUGAUCAUGUGUGAACCUUGUGUCGUAUACGGCAAGUGUAAGAUGGGGCAUUGCUUGGCAGUCCCUGGAGUAUGGUGUGUGUGGGUUUCGAACUAAAUUUGCAUGUUUUAAAUUUUCGUUUCCACCUUGGCCAUGUUCAAAGCACCAGUUGCAAUAUGUAUCAAUUUGUGAUGUGGGAUCCAAUAAUUUGCUGAAAUAAAAGCUGGAUUUUGA